AUGGCCCUCCAGUCCCUGCUCUACCUUUCCGUCUGGGGGCUAACCUCCCUCUACGUCCGUCUUAACGGCUCUUCUAAGACCAUCGCACCAACUUUCAUGAAAUACAACAACCGCUUGUAUUCACUCGCCUCUCUUGUCCUCCUCCUGCUGAUCCUCUUGUCCGGUAUGAACCCGCAAUACGACGCAACCGCUCGAACCCUCUUCCACGCCUCCAAGUUCUACGAAUACCUCGACAUCCUGAGCGUCACGGCGGCCGGCGGCUCCGUCAAUCUGCACUUCGGCUUCCACCACCUCACCACGCCGUGGCUGACUUUUGUGAGGGUCCUCCCCGAUUCGCCCAGGAGCCAUGCAGGGUGGAGGUGGUUUGCUGCCGCGAACACGGCACACCACGCGCUGAUGUAUGCGUAUUUCGGGGGGUGGGCGCAAACCCAGCGGAUGAGGGAGAUAUUGCUCUGGACGGGCGAGGUGCAGUUGUGGAUCGGCAUGCUGACGGACGGGUGGGUGGUUUCUGAGCGGUUGGUGGCGAGAGGGGAGGGCGACGACGAUGUCUGGAGGUUGAUGGUGUCCGCGGGGUUGCUCGGGACGUAUUUCAUUCUGAAUAGAAGGGAGCUUAGGGAGAAAGAGAGGGAGGAGCGGAGAGGGAAGGAGGACUAG